UCGUAUGAAGGGGAAAAAAAUUUUUGAAUUGAAUCCAAUUUGGACCGCCCUGUUUGCGUUUGUGCCACAAAUUACGGAUUUCUUUUCUAUCCCUUUCACCCAUCGAGAUGUUACCAGUUUUUAUAUGAAUAUGUUUCGAGAAAAUGUAGAAUACAGACAAAGUCAUAAUAUCGUCAGACAAGACUUUAUGAAUCUACUCAUUCAACUCAUGGAGAGAGGCUAUGUUGAACCUGACGAUGACAAGACCACCAAUAUAUCAUCAAUCGUAAGCAAACUUACCAUGGCAGAAGCUGCUGCACAAAGUUAUCUCUUUUUUGCAGCUGGAUUUGAAACAAGUUCGACGACAGCUACAUUUGCUCUGUAUGAAUUAGCUCAACAUCAAGAUAUACAAGAAAAAGUUUGCAACGAAAUCGAUAAAAUAUUAGCAAAACAUGAUUGUUUGACCUAUGAUGCUAUAAAUGAAAUGACAUAUCUUCACAAAGUAAUAAAUGGCAAGUAGAUCAUCGCAUAUUAUUUCUAGUUAUUGGAUGACGCAAUUUUCAAGAAAAACUAAAGAUAUAUAUUAUUUUUGAAAAUAUAUUGUCAUUUAUAAGAGUAUAGCCUCUAUCGGUGCAAUGUGAAAUUUAAUCUAGAUUCCUGAAAUAGAUCUUUAAAGUCCACAACAGACUUUCUUAUUGUUCAUCUAUAAUCUAAAAUCUAAAAUAAUUC